AUGAUCUUCAGCUCUGAAGAAAAAACCUUUGUCUCUGAAAUCCUUCUGGGUGAAGGUGCUGGGUUUGGAUUAGGAAUUGUUUUCUCAGUCAUCUUCUUCAAAAGAAAGACAUGGCCUAUUGCUUUUGGGUCAGGGAUGGGGUUAGGAAUGGCUUAUUCCAAUUGUCAACAUGACUUCCAGUCUCCAUAUCUUCUUCAUGGUAAAUUUGUAAAAGAACAGUGACUAAUGGCUAAGACUAUCCCAGUGGGAAGGAAGGAGAAGUCAAUGAUUAUUCCUCAGGAAUACUGAAGUGCCCCUGGAAUAAGCCAACAUUCUUCAGUAAUGCUCACCAGUAACUCUUUAUACUCCAACAAACUGUUUCCCUACAUGAAACAAAAGUUUUGUUGCUUGUUUUGUAUCGUGUCUGGAAAGUGCAAGGAAGAGCUCUUCUGGGAAAUAAAUAAAAGAAAAAUAGCCUUCUC